AUGUUCGAGGCGCCAAAUACUCUCCGGAUUCAUAUUAUGACAAGUUCAGCAAAGUGGUAUUCGUUGAGUACUCGGUUGUUGUUUCGACUGUCUGAUACUGCAUCUUUACUUAUUAAUUUGAAGCAAAUACUCCUUCUCUAUCACAAAAAAAGGGAUAGUAGCAGAGGCAGUUCUGUCAAUAGCGAUACUCACCAAUUCUCGUUACGCAGCUUACUGGAAAGUGCUUCUGCUGCAGUCUCUCAGACUUCUUCGCAUACCACAGUGAUCAGUUCUUUCGACGAAGAACAAGUCCCUUUGCCAUUCAAUUUUGCCUCGUCAUCGCACAUAUCCUCGCCUUCAAACUCAAGUUCCUCUAACCCCACGGACGAAUUACAGAGUCAAUCUAGUGGCUAUCACCCUAGGGACGAGGUAGAUAACGACUACUCGCGACCUAGUGACUCUGAUUCUGAUUUACGCCUAUCAAAACGUCCACGUAUUGCAAGACCUUUUUCUGCAAGAAGGUCAAUGAGGAUCAACAAGAAGGAAAACGGUGUUGGAAAUAGUGCGAAUGGAGUUUUACCAACUAGUAAUGGUGAUUCUUCAGCUGCAACAAAUGGUAAAGCUUCGGAGUUUACCAAAAUGACAAAUAAUCGUCAACAAGAGCUUGUCAGACUCAUGGUUCAAGCGAUGCAGGAUAUGGGAUAUAGGCUAGUUUAUUUUACAUCUAAUUAA